AUGCCCAGCGCAACGGCUUCCGGAGCUGAUACGGGUGGCUCGGCUCGAUCUCGCGAUCAUAAGCAGGGUAACCAAGGACGAUCUUUCACCCCAGACCAAGAGGCAGCGGUCAUUCGUAUCCGAAGAUGCGAGGCCACUGCGUUUUAUGACAUCCUAAAUCUUUCGAGCGUCAAGGACACAUGCACCGAGGCUGAGAUCAAGAAGGCUUAUCGGAAGCUGUCGCUUCUGACCCAUCCCGACAAGAAUGGACACCCUCAUGCGGACGAGGCCUUCAAGAUGGUCAGCAGAGCUUUUGGCAUUCUAGGCGAUAAAGAGAAGAGGGAAAAGUUUGAUAAGUUUGGCACAGAUCCUGAUAGUCGAUUCGCCAGCGCCCAGGCGAAUAACCCUUUCUUCAACCAACGAGCCGGUGGUGGUGGAAUGGGAAGAGGUGGCCCGAUGUUCCAGGAUGACUUGACUCCGGAGGAGAUGUUUGCCCGUUUCUUUGGCGGAGGCGGCUUUGGCGGUGGUGGUCCAUUCGGAGCCUUUGACACAGGUCCUCAGUUUGUUUUCAACUUUGGAGGAGGUCCUGGAAUCAGGGUUCAUCAGUUUGGCGGAGCUAGGCCGAGAACGCGACCACGAGAAGCCGAUCGUGGUCGGCAGAACGAAGGCAACGCCUUCCAAACGUUCCUGGGUCUACUACCCAUCAUCUUGUUCUUCAUCCUACCUAUCAUCACAUCCUUCUUCUCCGGCGAGUCUUCAACGACAUCGGCAUCAGGGCCUCGCAUGGUCUACGACAAUCCUCUGCACCCGUAUACCGAACAGCGCACGACACCGAAUCUGAACGUCAAUUACUACGUUAACCCCGAAGAAGUUGCCCAAUAUUCCGAAAAGAAGCUCAACAAGCUUGACCGUACAGCUGAACAUCAGCUCUUGAGACACCUCAAGAACGAGUGCGAGAACGAGCUGAUAUAUCAACGGAGAUUGAGGGAUGCUGCUCAGGGCUGGUUUUACCAGGACCCUGACAAGAUGGCACUCGCACAGACAUACACAAUGCCGUCUUGCGAGCGGCUGCAAAAUAUGGGAGUGAAGGUUUAA